GUCGCGCCGGCAGCAGUUCCACGCAGCAACCGGCUGGUGUGUACGUGAGGAACGGACGUGCUCCCAAGCAGCGGCAACCAGCCGCGGGCCAGCUGGCUCCGGCCGCCUCCCUGUUAUGUAACGCGCUAUCGUUCGGUGCCCUGCGAUAAAGUGGACCCAGUCCGGCCUGCACUUGCUUGCUGCACGUCGCUCUGACAGACGGCUUUCUCUGCGACCAGUGAGUAUCGCUUCGAUGGUGAUCACCGCCGCCAUGAGGAGGGCCGCCUGGGUACUGGCCGCCACCGCUGGCGUGGUGGCCGGAGCCGCCGCCUCGCAGUCGGGGCCCGCUCACGUGAUGUACCCGCUGCUGCACGUCCAUCCGGCCACGCUCAGGGUGCAGGCGGCGCCCGCCCCGCCCGCCACUGAGCGAGUCCUCUGGAACUUCACCACGGUGGCCGACCUUAGCGACUGGACGGAGAGCUCAGACGGCACGGAGAGGGAGGUCGGCAUGUCUACCGGCGCCUUCCACCUGCAGAAGACGGCGCGUUUCCAGCGGGCCGUGCUCUUCUCCCUGCUGAACCCGCAGCCCAACGGCGCCGGCUUCGUCGGCUACUACGCCAACGGCACGUGGGACCUGUCGCAGUUCAAACAGAUCAACGUGCGGGCGCGCGCCCAGGGCCAAAACUACCGCUACAAGGUGUACCUCAAGCACCACGACCAGUUAGACCAGGGCGGCUCUUACGAGUCCUUCUUCGAGAUGCCGCAGGACAGCCUGACGACGGUGAGCCUGCCGCUCGACUCGUUCGCGUUCUACUACCGCGGCCGCCGCGUGGACGACGCGCCGCCGCUGGACACCGCCGCCAUCACGCGCAUCGGGCUGCAGAUCUACGGCGGCGUGUACCAGCCGGAGAAGCAGAGCGGCGUCUCCUCGCUCGAGGUUGACUGGAUCACCGCCUCGCAGUGACGGACGGCGCGGCGCGGCCCGGGCGCCGCCAGCGGAGCGCCGCCGCUGUGGCCGCCGGUGCUGCUGUCACCCUGACGUGCCUCAGAUAGCCACAUCGCGCGCCCUGACGCCGCUCACCUGCUAGGCGAGGCCCCUUUUUAGUGACUGGCAUUGGUGGGUUCUGGGGACUUCCUGGUAACGCUGAUCGGCUAUUUGCAAGCUAGACGACAGGAUCCUAUAGUCUCGCCGGUCGGACGGCAGUGGUUCGCGGAACUUUGUGUCGUGCAUGGUAUGGAGGUGUGACCGUAGCUUACAAGUAGCGUCAAAUCUUGUCUUUCUCCUUACCGGGAACGUUCAACAUGGCUGAAUAAAAUGUACGGGAAAA